CCGUUGCCACGGGAGACGCAAUGUAGGAAGUAAAUUCCACAGUUUAUCGUUCUCCUUUGGACAGCUCAAACUUAACGUUAUAUUACCCGCUACGCUCGUAUGUGUUGAGUCUGUUCUCCCGUUGUUUCGGAGCAUUUUUCGACUUAAAUAAUCAACCCGAGCUGCCGUUACGGACACGCCAACACCUCGGUCCCUGGCAAGGGUUUAACAGGCGAUGAGCCGCAGUAGGAACCCCCCUCCCCGGGGUCAAGGGGCAGCGCGAGCCAAACAGAUGGGGCUGCUGCUGGACCUGUCCCCGGUUGGAGGGAUGGAUGACGAGGGAAAUGAUGAAGAGCUAGAGGCAGAGCUUCUGAAUCUGAUGGGAGGAGGUGGAGGGAGUUCACAAGGGAAGAAAGACGGCAAAGCUCCGGUUCCCAUGGUGGAUAUAGAGAAAAUGGCUGCACUUUGUAUGAAAGAUCUGGAUGAUGAGGAAAUGUUGGAUGAAGAUCUGGAUGAUGAUGAAGAUCUGCUGGCAGAACUGAAUGAGGUUUUAGAGGAGGAACAAACUCCUGCUCCCACCCCUCCUGCCAUCACCCCAACUGCUUCCAAAGCGAGCAUCACAUCCCACUCUGCUCCUCCUGCUGCUCCCAGUGGUGCAACUGGGUUGGAGUCUCUCCUGCUGGAGCGCGUUGAGAUGUACAAGACGGCCAUUUCCAAUGCUAAGGCUGCAGGGGAGACGAGCAAAGUUCGAAGAUAUGACCGUGGGUCAAAGACCCUGCAGUCCAUGUUGACGUCUGUCAGGAAAGGAAAACCCGUCAACGAGGAGGAGAUUCCUCCUCCGGUUGCUGUCGGUGGAAAGGCCAACGUCACAGACGAGUCCGAAGCGAUCAAGGAACGAGAACCGCCGGGGCCCGCGCUGAUGCCCUCUCCUCCCACCAACCAGAAACCUCUAAGGGAGGCUGCGCCGACAACUCCGAAUAUGAAGCCACUCCUUCUGACCGUGCCCCAAAAGGCUGCUGUCGCUUUCACCCCUGAAACACCUGCAAUCUCUCCCCUCACCCCCGGCCAGCCUGACGCACAGCACUCAGCGCUGAAACAGGCCGUUCUGUCCAGACAGAGGGAGUAUAAGAUUGCUGCCAUACACUCCAAACAGAACUUUGACAUAGACCGGGCGAAACAGCAAUACCACACAGCCAAGAAGCUGGACAUGCUGCUGGAGGCUCUGGACAGAGGGGAACCAGUCGACCUGAGCUCACUACCGCCUCCUCCUGCAGACGUCGUAGCAGAACACUGUGCGCCUCCUCCUCCUCAGUCUUCCUCUAAACCUGCUGCCCCUACUGCACCUGCACCUUCACCUGCUGCCGAGCUGCCUGCUCCCAGCAGUUUGGCCGAAGCCCUGCAGCAGAGGAUGGACACAUACAAGUCAGCAGCAGAGGGAGCCAAGAGCAAAGGAGACGAUCGGAAGGCUCGCAUGCACCAGCGCAUUGUCAAGCAAUACCAGGAUGCCAUCAGAGCUCACAAAGCUGGACGACCGAUCACCUUGUCUGACCUGCCUGUGCCGCCAGGCUGUCCUCCACUUCAGGGCUCAGAGGGGAGUCAGCAGAACUUCAUGGGGGUCCUGGAAACGGCUAUGAAAAUAGCUAAUCAGGAUCCAGACGCAGAAGAUGAAGAAGAGGAUGAACCGAGAGAGGCUGCCAAGCAGACUGCAGUGCGUCCACCUCCCCAGAAAGCAAAGUCUCCAGCCCCUCAGGCCCCUGGUGGCCCCUCAGUUUCAAAACUGGGAGCUAAAGCCCAGCAGCAAUUGGAUUUCCUGUUGCUAAGGCGACAGGCUUUUAUGCGCGCAGCACUGCGCUCCAAACAGAUGAAGGACAUGACUGGAGCAGCGCAGCACCUCAGACAUGCCAAGGGACUGGACCCCAUGGUCACUGCUGCCAAGUCUGGCCUCCCCGUUGACAUCAGCAAGAUUCCCAGUGCUCCCGUCAGUGAGGAGGAGUACUCCCUGGCUCGCUCCCGCGCCUCCCAGCUCUCCCCUCGCUCCAAUGAACAGUACCACGACCUCAUGGAUCUUUUGCGGAAGCAGCAUGAGAAAUGUUUGGGGUACUCUCAACAGCUCACACUCCUGGGCAACGUGGCUGAGGCUCUGAAGUUUGAGAAGCUGGUCGAGGAGGGUCUGAAGAACAUCGACAUCCUGAAGAAGGCCCACGCCAAGGGCCAGCCGGUCCCCAAGUGCCGCACGGAGGAGAGGACCCUGAACACCGUCAAGAUCCACAACAGCCUGACACCAAGUGACCUGAUACUGUACAUCAACAAAGGCAUCAACCUGCCGUGUCCCUCCGGUGUCUCACCCAGCGAUCUGGAUGCCAGUGUGAAGUUUGAGUUUCCGUUUCCCACUGCGGAGGAGGCUCAGAGGGACAAAACGGGCACGGUAAAGGGCACCAACAACCCCGAGUUUAAAGAGAAUUUCAAACUCAACAUCAGCCGAGGCCACCGGGGCUUCAAACGAGUCAUCCAGUCCAAAGGCAUCAAGUUUGAAAUCGUCCACAGGGGAGGCCUGUUUAAGACAGACAAAGUCGUGGGCACUGCUCAUCUGAAGCUCGAGGCCUUAGAAAACCAGUGUGACGUUAGAGAAAUAAUAGAGGUGAUGGAUGGACGAAAAGCUACAGGAGGCAAGUUGGAGGUGAAGGUGAAGAUCAGAGAGCCUUUAACGGGAGUUGAUCUCCACCCGGUGAGGGAGAAGUGGCUGGUUCUCGAUCCGGUGUCCUCCCUUUCUCCGACCGAGAGACAAAAGGAACGGGCUCCAUCUCCUCGGCCGAAACCCAAACACGAGGCGAGCAGCAGGAGCAGUCAUCCCAACAACUCCCCUCCACAGUACAACCUCCACAGCUUCAGCCUCCUCAACCACGACAGGGAGCGGCUGGACAGAAAGAUCGCAGAGUACCGAAAGGCGCAGCAGCAUCCCCCGGCUGACCUCGUCCAGCAACACAAAGAGGUCACGCACAGGCUGCAGUGGCAGAAAGCGCAGCUGGAGCGCGCCUCCUCUGCUCAGCUGACCGAGUAUGAAAAUGUGCUGCGGCGCUCCGUCCAAGGGUACACGGACUCCGUGAAGAAGUACUCCGGCCAAGGCAACAGGGACGCCGCCAAAGAUGCCCUUGGCAGGUUGAAGAUGGUAGAGAACGAGCUGGAAUCGCUGAAAAGGAAACGCACGGGAUGAGAAGCCAGUGAGGGAGUGGAGACUUGGCUGUAGGACUGUUAUAUCAUGGCUCUCUAUCUCGUACACACUCGUACACACACACUACAGUGGCGACUUUAAGCACCUUUUAGCAUGAACCAACCGGAUAACUUUGCGAAAAUCAUGAAAAAAAAUAUUAAUAGGUAACUACCAUGGGACACAAAAAUGCAAGUAAGCAUUAAAAUGUGUGUUUCAGUGAAGGAGCAGGUUUAUUUGCACUUAAACACUUGAGAAAGCUGCUUCUGACGCACAUUGUGCAUUAUCAAAGUCGCCCUGAUCAUUUGGUUUUGUUGAAGAGAUGUCAGAAGAUCUCUAAGAUUUUUUCUUUUUUACAUUUAGCACCAGCUCCGAGAGUCCGAUGGUGUCCGUAGAUGACCAAAAAACAUGAGCUCUGAAGUGUCUUUAACCAUUAGUUACGAGUUUUUAACCCUUUUUUCCCAUAUUUUAUGUGUGUAAUGACCUUAAUCUAAUCUGUCUGCUCCAGUGUUCCCAGAUUACAGUAAUCUGCUCCGUUUGGAGUGGUGCGAUAUGGGAAUAAAAAAAGCGGGGCUUCGGGGCGCCGCAGCCUACAUCCCAUAAUGAGGGAUUAGUGUUUGUGUCACCAAGGAGACGACUAGAUGAGACGUAGAGUCGCCUUUGGGGCUUCGGAGACGGGGCGUUAGCGGCGGGCCGUGAUUGUGGCUGAAGCUCUGCAAAAAGAUUCCUCCUCCUCCUUCUUCUGCUUCUUCUUCUUCUUCAUCAUCAGCCGUUUCUUCCUCUUCACUUCCUUCACACUAAUUCCUUUUGCGUAUUAUUCAAGGAGUAUUUAGAGUCACGAGUAAUCGGCGGCUCCACCUCGGAUUUUCUUUCAACUCUGAAACAAUAUUAAGCCCAUUCUGCUGUCGAUUAUAAAAUAAUUAUCGGCUGCUAUUUUGCACCCAUGUUGGCAUCGCAGCGGGCGCCGAGCAGCCUGCCCAAAGGAAGGCGACCCAAUAUGUGCCAGGAAGCGCCGGGUAAUUGCUCAUUUCUAUUUCUGUUGCACCACAGAUAUCCCAGUCAUAGGCGUCCUCGUCGCUCCUCUCCACUUUACCCUCACCGUGGAGUCGGGGGCGCCACAUUCAGAGCAAUCCCGUAAAACCUCAUAAAAUGUGUGACAUGCAGACGCCUUGAAAUUAGUCAUUUUGCCACAGCAACUUUUGAUGUACAACAACAUAGUAUUCUUUAUUAUGACUUAUGGGGAUCCUUAUUAAUUGCAUGCAGACAGAAAUUAGCAGGUGACUUUUAAAUGAGCCUUGCUGUAUGUUUUUAUGUUAAUUUGAGAUGUUAACUGUUUUUUUUAGUCAUGUGACACAGCGGCGAAUCAUGUGUUUGUCCCAUUAGCUAAUAAUCCUGGUUAAAGUUGACGUGUUAAGGCUUCCCACCAUCCAUGUGUGGAAUUGUGUGUAACAUCCCGUCCCCCACAUUUUAUUAUUAUUUUCUAUGUAUGGGGAGAAGAUGUUUUCUGACUCUUUGUUAGUAGCGUUGUGUUUACGAUCAGCUGAUAUUCAUUUGGAUGGACACGGCAGUGGAAGGACUGAUGACUGCUUAUAUCAACAGUGUGUGUGUGUGUGUGUGUUAUGCACGCACGCAACUACACCUGCUUAACUACAAGUCAUGGGACGCAUAACAACUUAAUUAAAUGUAAGCAUCAGAGUUUUGCUCCUGUCGUGUUCUCCCUGUUGUUCCAUUCGUCUCGGUGCAGGAUGGGAAUCAGUUCCCAGACUGUUGAAACAUUUGGCACAAAAUCUGUUUUAGACCAACGUUUACACAUUUUUUCCGUGCAUCAUGUUGUAUUAUUCAGUAUUGCAGAGAAGAUGCAUAUUUAUUUGAAAAUCUAUGCAUUAACGAUGAAGUUUAAGAUGAUAUACAUUCGACAUAUACAAGCAGACUCGAUGGAUUACACAACUCAAGCGAAUUUCAAAGGUCUACUAAUUAGUUUUCAUACUUGAUGGAAACUAAUGGCUGAUUAUUCAACAUUUGUUCAACGCAUCAAUUACAUUUUUUUUCGUAAUGACUCGCUGUCUGAUUCACAAAGUCAUGUAAAGAAUAUGACCACGUAGAUCUGAUCUAUAACUCAGUCACUUUAACGCCGUUAAACACUCUCAGAAACACUUUCUUUAAAACUCCAAAACCUUUAACCCCAUGUCACCUGACACACACACACACACACACUACUGCCACAUCACCCGACUGCUCGAGUAACCUCAUGGCCUCUGAGGCUGUCCUGUUGUCAUGCCAACGUGCUCAUCAGCAUUCAGUGUGGUAGUUCGAUGGUCAGGAACCGGGGAGAGGGACAUAUUGUUAAAGUUUGUCCUGCUGGUGACUCACUCCUCUCACAAGACACCACACACACACACUCUCUCGUUAGUAUAUACAUUUGUAAUGAAUGUGUUUGUCUUUCUUCUCUGUUUGAUCUGUCAUUGGACAUUUUGGUGGAUUGUUUAUUAUUGUUCAUAUUUCUGUGCUGCAGUAGAUGCAAUCAUCUGGGUUUGGGGGGGAUUCUUUUAUUCUAUUAAUGCAUUAAGGGCAAUCAAUAUAUUUGUAUACAAUAUACAGCAUAAUAUGCUCCGUCUCUAUAUUUAAGUGCAAGUCGUGAUGAUUUGUGCAGCUCGAACAGGGAAUGUAUGAGGCCGGAUUGUGAUAGCUUUAUUAUGUUAUGUUUGAGGUCAUUGUUUAAAUUAAUAAAAUGGUAAAACUGCA